CAGUUUCAUUUCAGGUUUCGGACUGUAAACAUCUCUAAAAAACAAAAAAAAAAAAAAUUGUAAAAAUUUUAUAAGAAAGUCAAGUAAAAUCUUUUUUCAAAAUUUUCAGUCAUGGAAUACGGAAAUGGUAUGCAAUACGAUGGUUAUAGCCAAGGUGGCGAGGGCUUUGAAAUGCUGUACAACCAAACGAGCAGUGGCCAUGGAUAUAGCCAGCAGCAGAGUAAUUGCGGACAAGGUUCUUCAAAUUUUAAUGGUGCAUCUGCAUCGCUUGGUGGUCCUGGCUAUCGCAGUCCCUUGCGAUACACAAAAAUGCUUCGUGAGAUGAACUCUCGCAACGGGCUUUACUCUCCAAUGGAACAGCAGCGGAGCAGUGGGCAAGGCGACUACUAUAAUACAUUGCCCGGCCUUGGCGGCCCAGAAGGUCAAGCUUAUCAGUCGCGGGGCAAUGGAAAUCCAUACUACUAAAGUAAACCCAUGCACUUCGUAGAAAUUGUUGAUAUAAUUUAAUAAAAUAAAUUUUG